ACAUUUGGCAAGCAUUCUCAAUAGCUAAAUUAUUUAGGGGUUGUGCUGAAAAUGCUUAAUUGUUCAGUGUAUAUUUUAUUUAGUUGAAGACCAACUGUCCCUCAAAUAAAAUAAAAAUAAAAAAACAAGCUUUAGUAUAGUCAGAGCAUAGGUAAACAUCCCAUCGUGGACUGGCACAUUGGUUCAUAUCCUGGCAAGGUUUCUGAUGAAGUUGCAUAAACAUUUUACGGAAUGCCUAAUUCAGUGUAUAGAUUACUGCACUGACUAAAUAAAUCCAAAAACUACGAGAGAUUAUGUAGCCUACACAAUACGACAGCAACGGACACACUUCAAAUACCCUGUCCAGUGAAAGUAUAUAUAGCCUACUGUUGCCAGGCAAAUUACUAAUGAAAGUGAACCUGGUGUGUUUCUUCAUAGUACGGUGUGUUUAGUAUUUUUCUUGCAAUUGGAAUGCUCUCGACUAAUUUUACGCCAAACACCGCUCACAAAUCACACAAUUCCAAACUCACAUUUUGUUUUUCCUGAUACUGACUAUUAAAUAAAUAUUAUUUCAUAGCCUGCAGCUCAGAUAAAUAGUCUAGGUUACCUGAUCAGGUUUAAAGUAUAGAUUCAAAUAUAAAUGACCGUUGAACACAAAUUAGCAGCAACACAAUAAGUAAGGUUAAAUUAAUGUCCCAAAUUAGCCGACCUGACUGCAAUUAAAAAUAUACGCACUUGGGCCAAAAAUCUAUGAACCAACCCAGUCACUUGUAGGGCUGCGUAAAUUACACGUUUAUUGCCAUCAGAUCGCUGGUCCCAUAUACUAUGUACAGCAUAACAAUCUGUAAUUACCAUAUUAAUGGGUAUUCCCGUUGGUUGACACCGAUAUUACAUUUUUAUACUGAUUUGGAUUUAAGGAGUUACGUUCAAGUAUAAAAUCUCAGUUGCUGAAUAACACUCAAGGAAAGGAUAAAGGUGCGCCGCAUAAACUUUAUUCGUGAACAUUGUGUGAAGUUAGUCGUAGACUACAUACUGGAAAACUGCAGUCCUGCACUACACUACACAGACUUUAGUUUGGUGUGAGACCCACACCGGUUAUUCUACUGGACUGGGUGUGAAUAGAUGUAGCCCAUUGCCUUGUAUCGCCUCCGACGUAAAAAAAUAAAAAUAAAAAUAAAAUAAAACUAUUAUUAUUUUAGACCUACGUCAUAACUGCGUGUUUUAAACGCAGAUCGCCCGAUAGCUAUAGCUACACUCUGAGUUGACAAAUGAUAAAACCAAUUCCUAACAAAAUCGAUACAUUUCGUAUUUUUGGUUUUACGCUUCACAAACAAAAUCCACUGAAAUUACGGCAUUAAAAGUUUUGUGGAUGGUUUACGGUUCUCUCCAGUUUUAGGCCUAAAUUACUGGAAAGUUAACCAGCAGUGGCCUGCAUUUCCUCCACAGUGAACAUGGCAUUAUGCUUAGAGGACGCAUAGCUUAUAGCAACGGUGCAUUUUAAUUUUGUUUACAUCUGUUGCCGGGAGAAAUGAGCAGCAUCACAUCCCAACUGUAACCCAGGUGUCUUGAACGCUGCCAUCAGACGACGCAAUUGCAGGUUGAACAUGAGCACUCAAGAUAUUUUAACAAUUAACGUUGGGGGACAAAAAUUCACCACCAGAACCGCAACCCUGAAAAAGCAUCUCGACUCCAGGCUUGCACGGAUGUUGGAUGGUUCUGAUUCCGAAUUUCCAGUCUCGGGUGGACAGGUUUUCGUGGACAGAGAUGGGACCUUAUUUAAGUAUAUACUGGACUACAUCAGGACCGAUCAAGUCUCGCUACCACCGAAUUUCUCCGACUUUGAUGGGCUGAAGCGUGAGGCGGAGUUCUACGAGAUGCACGCGCUAGCAGAGUUUCUUGGCAGAGGUGGCUGCCGUCCGACGUCCGAGAUUUUAGAAUUGCGCUUCUCAGUUCAGGAGAUGCACGGAUUCUUUAGACUAUUCUGCUCACGGAGCAGCACUUUGGAGACACUGGCAACGAGAAUAUCCGUGUAUGCCGAGCAGCCGGCGAUAAAUUGGAACUGCCCCCACCAGCACCAAAAACCUAUGAUACCUGUGCCCCUACAACGGCCUUCUCAUCAUGACGUUGUCUUCCAGUGUGGCACAGAUUACUCUGCCGGGGACGAGGUCGCUGCAAGGUAUGUGACUAUACAGCCAGAUGACAGGAAGCUGUUGAACGGAACCAACAUACUUGGUUUACUGGUGCACACGCUUCUUGGAGAAGGAUUCCGACUUAUAAGCACGCGGACAAUAUCCUCGGAAGAAAAGGUGGAAUGUUACACAUUCGAGAGAAAUAGGAUUCCUCAGAUUAUUAACUAAUGGUUCCAUAACAGAACUGCCAAUUCACCAAAACGUGGCCAGGGAAAGCAAACAAAUGGGACAAUCGACUUAAAUAGACUAAAGUUUUUUUUUUUUUUUUUUUUGAUUUUAGACGUAUGUCCGUGUAGAAAAACAUAACGGAGACAACUUCCCCAUUGCGUAGGUUUUAUUUUCCCUGAAAGAGUCGUUACGACGAAAAAUGAGAUGAGACAGACACAAAGGCAGCUACCAAUAAAUGGCAAUUUAUUAAACAAACUGGCAGCGUGCAGUCGGUGAAGACCAGAAAGGAAAAACCAGCCACCACUCAAACUUAUUUUUUAAAGGGCCCGGCAAACGGACACAGCCGCACGUAACAGUGGCGACACUGCAUGGUCUGUAAAACAAACACUAACAGAAUGUCAUACUUCAUAUUGGCCUAGAUAAGUUACCACACUAUAAUUGGACCCCAUCAAAUGAAGUCACAGGAGUAUUUACCUGUUGGUCGAUGUUGGUUACAGGUGUGGCCCUUAAGACAGAAGUGACGUAGCUUUACACAAUUGGGGAAAAAACAAAACAAAACAAAAAAAACCCCAGAAGAAAUCAAUUCACGAAAACAUCUUUAUUUUGAGUAGCCUACACUCCAAAUAUCUCCAAAAUAAGCAUUUGUACCAAAACUCGGGCGAUUGUAAAUGCGACCAAUGUCGUAUGUUGUCAUUUGGCUCAGUAAGUCAACACCAGCUGAUGCAACUCAAUUGUAACCGGCGAACAU